AUGACAAGCAGCGAUAUUCAAAGAGAGUACCUCAAUAAGCUGAGCACUGCAGAGUUCUGCAAGCUCCUCGAGCCCUGCAUCAGGUUACGGAUUGAAAACGGCGAGGACAUCAGUCAUCUCCUUCGCGCAGUGACAAGGACAAAACCAGUUCCUGUGCUGGCUACACCAGUUGCAACGCCAACAGCCAAUGUAGAAGACGACAAUGACGGAACGGCAAAUUUAGAUGACCACUCGACUAUUGGGGUGAAAGACCCCCGUCGUAAGCGGUCGAAGCGUAGGCGAGUUGAAGAGCCAAGUGAUGACGGACUUACCGACACUCAGAGGAGGAUAACAGUGAAACCUCGGGAGGAUUUGAAGAAUUUCUGGAGCCUCUGCAUGACCUUACGAGGGCGACUGCGCCCGAAAAAUAGUACUCCAUCAGAGCUUCCUCGGGUCCGGCAACUACCGGAACUCAUCGAAAACGCUCAAGAAGAUCUUAAAAGGGACGGCGCUUACAAAAAACUCCAUUCUCUGAAAUGGAGAUGUUUGUUGAUGGAGGUAGCCACCAUGUACGCGAACAAGCAACCAGAUGAAAACGAAAUUCGGAGAAUAUGGACACUGUCGAGUCCAAAGAAGUCGCAUGCGGGUCGUGAUGUCACCAUCGACUGGCUGACUGGCCAGCUUUAUAACCUCGAGAACUUCUACACAUUGGAUGCGAAAGACUGGAGGAGACAAAAGGUUGAGUACUGGCUACGUAUUGGCUGCCCUGCCUUAACAUUAGUAAAUCACUGCGGUUUCGCGGCACUAGUAGCCCCAGGAAUGCGCAUAUCACAAGCCGGAUUGAGAGCUAGCACAGCCGGAGACUUUGAGACGCCUUUUGUUAAGCAUCUUAUUAAUGUCUUUGGAGGCUUCAAAAAUGAUCUUUCCGCAAUGUCUCUCAUUAUGGAGGACUGGGUUACUACUGGUGUUCCACCGGAGCAGUACCUUAAUAUUGAAUACCUGACUGAAUCGAACGUACACUCACAGACUAAUGUAUCACUUACUUAUUGGGCCCAGCUUGCUUACCCUGCCGGCCAAACCUGCCACUCGCUCCAGGCAAUUAAUUUCAGUUCGUUUGAAGUGAAUAUGGAAUCACUAUCUUCAUCCAAGACCCGUUUUCCUGCGCCACUGGCCAAUAUUUGGCCCACGGCGCAGGAUGCUGUUUCUAGCCUUCACUGUCGAAAUGCUACCAAGCAGGUGCCGAGUCAGACGACAACUCCCACAACUUCGGAAUUGGAAAGUUGUGGUGGUGGCACGCCACAUUGCGGACAGCCCGCUGCUUGUUCCACCGAAACCCCUCUUGAUGAAUUCGACUAUGACUCUUGGCUGGUGCCAGACUGGGCCGACUAG